GCUUAUGUGAAACGCCAUGGCGGCCGUGCCGGGAAGCGAAGAUGGUUAUUCAUGGAAGUGUGGAGUAAAUUCUCCGGCAAUGGUUUUUCUUGGCGCUGGACCGCCGUUUUGUCCCGGUGUCUUGUUGGCAGCUAGCCUUCUAGGGCGAGGAGAGACAACUGGAGAUGCUAUGACAUGAACUGACAGCCUUGUUGACAUGUGCUCGGAAGCAAGCUAUAUAGUCACUUGGCGUGCCUGUCGAUUCCUUCCUUUUCCGACGCCUUGCUAGGAUAUAAUCCUCACUCAUUUAGUCCGGAGGAUCUCGCAGCAACAACUCACUCACAUGCAUACUUCAUAUCUUCUGGGCGCCCUUGCCGCCCUGGCUGCUACCGCCGUCGGUGCUCCGGCAGAGCACAUCAAGAAGCGAGAG